CCGUUUGUGCUGUUCGUGAUCCGCGUAAAAAUUGACCGGAAAAAUGCCGGAACCCGAGGAAAUCCCGGUGAAAUCCAAGUCGGAAUUUGAUCCGAACAUUCUGCCAGAUCUGCUGCCCCUCUACUACAAACGACUGUUUCCGCACAAACAGUUUUUUCGCUGGAUGUCCUACGGCCGGACCGAACCCAGUGUGUUUACGAAGCGAGAAUUUUCCUUCACCCUCCAGGACGAUGUGUACAUUCGCUUUCAAUCGUUCGAGAACCAGCUGGAACUGGAGCGCGAGAUCUAUGCGAAAGCCCCGUUCAAGAUCGAUAUCGGUGCGGUGUACAACAUCCGACCGAAGGAUCACCGGGGCAGCACGACGAUGCAACCGGUACAGCGAGAGCUGGUGUUCGAUAUCGAUAUGACGGAUUACGAUGAGAUCCGGACGUGCUGUAACGAGGCGAACGUGUGCACACGCUGCUGGAAGUUCAUGACGAUCGCUUGCCGUGUGCUGGAUGAGGCUUUACGGGAGGACUUCGGCUUCGAGCAUUUGCUUUGGGUGUUCAGCGGUCGCCGUGGUAUCCAUUGUUGGGUUUGUGAUAGAUCAGCACGUCAGCUCGACACGCCCGCUCGCUCAGCCAUCGCCCAGUAUCUGAAUGUGCUCGUAUCCGGGGGCGAAGGAACCGUUUCCCGGGUGAUCAUCUUCGAUGAGAUGCAUCACAGUGUGCGGCGAGCCUACCGGAUAGUGGAGCCGCUGUUUGAAGAGAUUUGUCUCGAGGAUCAAAACAUUUUCGCUAAACCGGAAGGAUUGAAAAAACUGCUCGCCAUGGUACAGGAUCAAACCAUACGAGGCGAUCUGGAGAAACGGCUUAAAACUGUUCAGGGCGAUUCGAAGAAGAUCUGGAAAGAGUUCGUUGCGUUCUUCGAAGAGAUGCGUACCUCGGGCAACAAUCGUAACCGGCGGAUCAAAUUCAUCGUGGAGGAAACGAUUCUGGCCUUCACCUAUCCGCGGCUCGAUAUUAACGUGACGAAAGGGUUCAACCAUCUGCUCAAGGCACCGUUCUGUGUGCAUCCGAAAACGGGCAAAAUCUGCGUUCCGUUCAAUCCGAACAUUGCCUCCAAGUUCGAUCCAACCGAUGUACCAACGAUUACAGAUCUGCUGAAGGAAGUGAAUGCCUUUGAUGAGAAGAACACGGUCGAAGGUGAAGAGACACGGUCGCGGAUUAAGGACUACAAGAAAACAAGCAUGUUCAAGGGUACGGUCAUCUUCGAGGAGUUCCUUCGCAAGCUGGAGCAGACGUUCAAGGGCAAGCCAGCCCCGGUCAGCGAUAUAAAAAUGGAAUUCUAAGGAACUCAAAUUAAACUUCAUUUUACU